GCGGCACCGACUCGGGAAAACCUCAGUGUCCGCCCCUGCACGAGUGUAACGUACCCUCAGGCGCUGACUACGGCGUAUGCUGUCCGUCGAUGGAGAAGGCGCUGGCGCCACCGGCCCGCUGCCCGGCCCCGCCGCUCGGCGAGCGGGAGGUGUGCGGCGUGCCCUGUCAGUUCGACUUCCAGUGCUCGCGCUACGACGCGUGCUGCCGCUCGCACGAGUGCGGCACCCACUGCGUGCCCACCACCAACAAAACCAAGUGCGAGCAGAAGCGCCAGCUGGCCGAGCUGAUGAUGAUUAACGAGAAGCAGGGCCGCGGCUACGUGCCGCAGUGCACCGAGGACGGCAGCUUCGAGCGGCGGCAGUGCUCGCGCAACGGCCUGGUCUGCUGGUGCGUCGAUCCGGACGGCACCAACGUGCGCGGGACCAUGGGCCCGGCCGACGGCGUCGUCUGCCACCCGUCCGACGUCAACCGCAUCAGCAGCGGCCGCUCUCUGGGCUGCGCAACGCUGCGCUGCGCCGAGGUCUGCCAGUACGGCCACCAGCCGGACGCGUCUGGCUGUCCCACCUGCCAGUGCGUGCGCCCGUGCGACGAGUACCCCUGCCCCGAGGGCACCGUCUGUGUGGCCACGCCCACGCCCGGCUGUCACGGCCCGCUCUGCCAGGCCACGCCCAGCUGUGUUGCGUUCGAGAUCCAGGGCACGCCCGACAUCCCAGAGCAGCCUCAGACCGACAGUCAGCAGACGCCGAACGAGGGACUCACAGAAACUCACCAAAGCGAGCUGAUGACUACCAACAUGCACCAAAUGAAGGCAGCCACGGAGCAGAACCAGCUGCCGACCGAGGGUGCCACCGGCUCGGGACGCGACCGCCGAGCCGGUCGCGGCCAGUUUCCCGCUGGAGGGCGGCUGGACGGUGGACGAGACCCCCAACGGUGUGGCGCUGGACGGGGACUGGUCGGCGCCGACGCCGGUCAAGGUGCCGCUGCAGGGCGACUGGGUGGAGUUCGAGGAGGGCAGCGGCGAGCUGGAGGAGCCGGUCGCGCGAGGCGCGGCGCCGCCGGCCGACGGCGUCCUCCAGGUGGUCGACAGUGUGGUGAGCGUGCUGAUGGACCACCGCGCUCAGACCGGGGACGGCGAACAGACGGAGGUCGUCAGGGACUACCGCCAGCAGGGCCAGGGGCAGGAGAACGUCGGCGUCGCGCCGGAGGAACUCGACACUCCGGAGGAUGGCGGCGCGCAAUCCCAGGGCAGCGUCGAGAGCGUGCCCAGCGAAUACGUGGGCGACGCCGACGUAGGUGACUUCGUCGAGUACGAAGUGGAGCAAAAGCUGCCGGCGCCUGCGCCUGAGGACUACACGAUCGAAGCCAGGGUCAGCCACCAGGGCCAGGGGCUGGGCGGCAGUCGGAUCCAGGCGCUGGACGCCACGGAGUUCCAAUUGCUGGAGCAUGAGCCAGAGAAUGCCGUCGACCAGAGGUUCCCAGGCAGGCUGGAUGG